AUGGCCCUGAAGAUUGAUAUCAGUAAAGCUUAUGACCGUGUUGACUGGUCUUAUCUAGAAGCUAUAAUGAUAAGACUUGGUUUCUGUGCCGAGUUUAUUCAGUUGAUUUUGAUGUGUGUUACGUCGAUCAGGUACCAUGUGCUUGUUAAUGGUCAAACUGUUGGUCCUAUUAUUCCAUCUCGUGGGUUGAGACAAGGCUGCCCUUUAUCUCCAUACUUGUUUCUUCUGUGCUCUGAGGGACUUUCAGCUUUAUUUAUGCAUGCGGAGGCUAUGGGGUCAAUUCAUGGGGGUCGAAUUUGUAGAGCUGCCCCGAGGCUGGCUCAAAUUGUAAAGGAAUUCCUUGGCUAUGUUGGGAUCACAUAUGUGUUGACAAGGGGGAAUGUAUUGGAUGCGCCCUUAGGGCAUAAUCCUAGCCUUAUAUGGAGGAGCAUGGUCUCGGCUAAGUCAUUUCUAAGAAGAGGGUAUAUGUGGAGAAUUGUUGGAGACCUCAGGAUGCUUAAAGGUUGGAAUGUGGAUUUCAUAGCUAGACUGUUCAGUUCAGAGGAGGUAUCUCAGGUCAAUUCCAUCCCUUUUACUCGAUCUACCCAUGCAGAUAAACUAAUAUGGAACUUCUCUAGUUCAGGUAAAUACAUUGUUAAAUCAGGAUACAAACUUGUCUUGCCUCAUUUUGUGGUGCCUGAAGUAAACAUAACUUCGCCAGUUUGGGUUAAAUUAUGGCAAUUAGCAGCCCCACCAAAGGUUAAGCACUGGUUAUGGAGGGCAUGUCGUAAUAUUUUGCCAACAAAAUUUGUACUUUUUGGCAAAAGAAUCACAGAGGAUGACCAUUACCCAUUUUGCGAUGAAAUAGAGACAAUAAUGCACAUGCUAUUCUUUUGUGAGAAAGCUCGACUGUGUUGGACUCUAGCCCGGAUUCCGUUGGAUGGAUCUGCCAUUGGGUUUAUUGAUCUAUUAUUGGGGUUUAUUGAUCAGCGCAGUGAUGAGCACUGCUUGUUAUUUGUUGUGUUGUGCUACUUUAUCUGGUUUGAUAGAAAUCGUCGGGUUUGGCAGCAAACUAAUGUUGAUCCGUACAACAUUGUCAUGGCAGCCACUAGCUUUCUUAGAGAAUGGAAGAAUGCGCAGAUUAGUCGAAGCACUUCCUCUUCUCCGUCGGCUUCAGUUCUGACAUGGGUUCCCCCUCCGACUGGAGCUGUAAAGUGCAACUUUGAUGCAGCUGUUCAUACGACUGCGGGUCGAUCAUCAUAUGCUGGCCUUGUUCGGAGUGAAGCUGGGCAGUUUUUGGUAGCUUGCACAGGUCAUUUUGCCGAGGUGCUAAAAACACACAUCGCAGAGGCCAUUGGUCUGAGGGAAGUAUUGUCUUGGUUGCUCACGAGAUCAUUUGGUAGGGUUCUACUGGAAACAGAUUGCUUGCGACUGUUUCAAGCUGUCACGGCUGGUUUUGAACCUUUUUCAGAUUGGGCACCAGUGUUAGAAGAGAUUAAACAAUUGCUUUCUCAAAAUCCAUCUUAUGAAUUGAUUUGGGCUAGGAGGCAAGUUAAUAAGCCUGCACAUGCUCUUGCUCGUGUGGCCUGUUUACAUCCUUGUUUCCAUUCAUGGGACAUGAUUUUCCACUGUAUUGAAGAUCUUAUUGCUCUUGAUUUAUUAUAA